AGCUACAGCUAAACUGUCCGUUUCGGAAAGCUACUACUUCCUCUGCUCAGAAGCAAUGGAUCUUCAGGAAUGGGCCAGCAUUCUCCAGAACACGAUUGAGGAGCAUGACAUAGAGGACACCUGGAGCAUUGAAUUUGAUAACACCAUCAUUCCUGAUUGCCCAGCGAGAGGUUGGCAGAAGUACAUCAGUGGGGCAUUUGCAAGGUUCAUGUGUUCAAAGUGUAGAAGGACCUGGCCUUCGAAAAGAGUUCUGGUGGUGUUUCACAUGCGUCUGUUGGAAGACAAGGGGAUGGUUAAAGUGAAACGCUACAGACAGGAGUGCAAGAAGUGUGUACAGAGUACAAUGGAGGAGCCUCAUUUUAAGACAGACAACAUUGAGGUGCUGCUGGGGAAGCUUGUCGAGAAGAUCCUCGUCAAGUGCUACAAUAAGGACGCAGGUGAAAAGAAUAUCCCAUUCCAUUUGGAUGGGAGGAGUGAUGGACCCCAUGAGGCUGCCCAUUGUGAAGCCUGUAAACAUGGCAUCUGCAGACAGGUGACCACAAAAGAAACAUAGAAGGGAAAAUAUGGAAACAUCUGGGAAAUGUUUAAUUCCUAUAUGUAUUGUAUAAUCAAUGAACAAUUUUGAGGAGAGUUGGAUGUGGAACUGGAUAUAAUAAUGUAGAGAGAAUUUGAUUUCCUGAAAGCUAUAUCCUCUGAAUCAAGAUGUGGGGAAAAAAGAAGCCAGUAACUGAAUUGUCCACCAUUUAAUCCAGACAAAAUGUACUUGUUUUUUUUAUACAAAAGUUGAUAUUUGAUUGAGAAAGUAGUUUCCGAUCUGCAUUAAAAUCUCUUACUCUUAAAAAGAGUUCAAGGAAUUUCUUCUCAACAGAUGUCCUCACCUGACAUGGGAUAUGAUUUGUACAUCACCUUUUAUGGUGCUACAACUCCAGCUAAUACAAUGCAAAUGCAUACAAGCAAGGCAACAUUGCUUUAGAAACCCAUUUGCAUCGAUUACAAAUAUUUGUGGGACUGCAAAACGUGACAAUUUUUAAAAAUAAUAUUCAGUGUGUGUGUGUGUGUGUGUGUGUGUGUGUGUGUGUGUGUGUGUGUGUGUGUGUGUGUUCUUCUCUUUGCAUAUGGCGUCAGCAGGGAGUAAAACACCCUUUUAUGAUGUUUAACUUUGAGUCAAAUGUCCUGACCUGCUAUAAAACUGCUUU